AUGAGCAAAGCCGACAUGUCCUCCCUUGACCGCGCCAAUGAGGCUGUGGCUUUCCUCCGAAGCACUCUACCCCAGGGUCUGCAGUCGCCCAAAGUGGCGAUUGUAUGCGGCUCGGGACUGGGAGGAUUGGCUGAUACGGUACACAAGGACGGACGAGCGGAGUUCGACUAUGCGUCGAUUCCUCACUUUCCUCGUCCAACGGUUGCUGGGCAUGCGGGGAAGCUGGUCUUUGGUUUGUUGGACCAGAAGAUUCCGGCGGUUUUGAUGGUUGGUCGUGCGCACUUUUACGAGGGACAUGCAAUGGAUCAGGUCACUUUUCCCAUCCGUGUGUUCAAGCAGCUGGGUGUGGACACCGUGGUUUUAACCAAUGCGGCCGGUGGCCUCAAUUCUGACUACAACCACAUCUUCAUGGCAGGUCUGGCCGGCGUGCAUCCCCUGCGUGGACCCAAUGACGAGCAGUUGGGUGUUCGCUUCCCUCCGUUGUCAGACGCCUAUGACCUGGACCUUCGUCGUCAGGUGCACCAGGCAUGGAAGGAUGUCAUCUCUCCCGACAGCACGAGGAAGCUGCACGAAGGAGUUUAUGCCUUUGUCAGCGGACCCACAUAUGAGACACGCGCGGAAAGUCGCAUGCUGCGCAUGCUAGGUGCCGACGUGGUCGGUAUGUCGACCGUGCCGGAGAUUGUCGUAGCCCGGCACUGCGGGCUGCGAGUUCUGGCAUUCAGCCUGGUCACCAACAAUGCUGUAUUGGCACCAGUGACUCGUGGAGACGAGCAGGCGCUCGAGGGCAAGGACGCUGGUCAGCUCAACGCCCUGAUCGAAGAGGGCAAGGCCGGACACGAGGAAGUGCUCGAAGCGGGGCGCAAUGCAGCUCUAGAUAUGCAGAAACUGGUUUUGCAAAGCUUGGUGAAGGUUUUUGCGCCGGCGUAG